AUGGUAAAUGGAAGAACUCGUCUAUGGCGUUCUAUAUCUCCAACUACAUUUACUUAUACAUGUCGUUGGAGAACAUUUCUGACUUUCGAAGAUAUUUUAAUUCAUUCCAAGAAUGAUUUUAAAUCACAUCGAAAACUACAUGAUCGAGUUGACAAUGUAGCUAUACUCUGUGCUAUUCUAUCUUAUGAUGCUCGUCUAGAAGCGCUUCUUUUACCGAAUGAAAUCAAUUCAACAGUUGAAAUUAACAAUAUAGUGUAUUAUGAAGAUUGGUGGUCAUUUGCUCGUCAUCGAGUUUAUUAA